UAGUCGUGUUUCACCGCCGAUCGGUAAAAGCUCUCGAAAAGCGGUUGGAAUUGAAAAAGCAAGAGAGUGAGAGAGAAGGAUAGAUUGGAAUUCCGCCACAUCGUGCUGCGCGCAAUUCCGUUCGAAAAUAUACCCGCCGCAAAUCGCGAAAUUCGAAACCUCUCUUGUUUCAAUAAUGGCCUUCGGCUCCUGGCCAUUCACGUUUUUGGUGAUUUUGUGUAUUAUUGGUGUGACAUUCGCGAAAAAUGUGAAUAAUAAUAAUGUUAGGAACAAAAGGCAACUAAAUGAGCUUAAUCAGGCUUCUUGUGAUACUGUCAUGCCGUUUUUCCAAUCCAGAAAUAUUACAGUACCAGCAAGCAAUGUCACCACUAAUAAAGGGUUAAUAUGUGGUGGCCAGUGCUGCGAUAACGAAACGGAAUUAUUGCUGAAAGAGCAAGGGCGCAAGGAUUUCGCAGCUUUACUGCGGCAUAAUUCUAGAUCUCUAUUGGGACCAAUAAAUCGGACGUCGACCGUUUUACAAAAUCACGUUUGGGAACUGGCACAUCAAUCAGAAAACAAAACUCUAGUUCUAUUCUCCCAGGUCUACAGAACCAUGUCCGUCGUCUCUCACGAACUAAUAGAGAAUCUUUACAAAGACAUCCGAGACUACUUGAAAGUAAAUUCAGCAGGUGACCAAAUACCCUCUAAGAGCUCCAUCGAUAUUAAAAAAUCUGUUGAUCGUUUUUUCACGAAUUUAUUUCCACUGGCAUAUCACCAGCAAUCCGGUGGAACUUCAGGCGAUUUUACUGACAGAUACAAACAGUGUCUUAAAGAUAAUAUAGAUGUUAUAGCGCCAUUUGGAGAUGUCCCACAAGAAGUUGCAGAGUCCUUAUCCAAAAGCCUUGAAGCCACGAGGCUUUUGAUAUACGCCUUUAGCGUUGGCAUUGAGGUAUUAAGUACCACUGAUUCCUUAAUAUUGGAUGAACAUAGCACUACAAGCAGCGAAUGCCAGUCAGCUCUUCUUAAAAUGACUUAUUGUCCAAAAUGCUUAGGCCUAACAAAGAAUAGUAAACCAUGUGAGGGUCUUUGUUUAAAUGUGCUUCGGGGAUGUAUCAGUAAAUAUGUGGCGGAGUUAGAUUUGCCUUGGAAUAGCUAUUUGGAAGGUAUCGAGGGUUUGGUUAAUGCACUUAAAAAAACAUCCAAUGAUGCAGGAGUUAGUGUGGAUGUUGCUAUUAAGAAUUUGGAUAUGCAGAUAUCGUCAGCUAUUAUGUAUUCUAUGGAAAGAAUGGUGGAUAUUGAUAAAAAGGUUAAAAUAACUUGCAAAAUUCCGGAGUUCUUACCAAAAGUGGAAGCCUUAACUGUCGAGACCGCCACUGCAGCUAUGGCCAAGGCAAGACAACCUGCAUCUAGAUCCUUCCCUCAUUUUCCAGAUGCAUACAUGACUUCAUUUCUAUCAACAAUGUCAAAAACAAAAGGAUUUUAUGCAGAUUUGGCCGAUAAUCUAUGUGGAGAUGAAUCGUUUGCAGAGCAGAGAGACAAGAGAUGUUGGAACGGUGAAAGAAUUGCCGAGUACAGCAAAACUGUUGUUGGUGUGGGAAUGAACGUGCAAAAAUACAACCCGGAAGUAAAGGCAGCUUCCAACUUGCAACAGGUCGACCCAAAAAUUUCUAGUUUGGUAGAUAAGUUGCGACAUGUCCAUCAUAUGGCGUUGAGUUCACUUGGGCCAAACUAUAUCGAACCGGAUUAUAUGAUGCGGGACGGGUUUGAUGGUUCUGGAUCUGGAAACGAUUCGGAUGAUGACGAUGAUGAUCUGAGAGGAUCUGGAUCGGGCAAUGGACCUAUUGUUUCUGAAGAAGAGAGAGCUAUGCACCCAAUUCAGAAAGUGGAAGAUGGAGGUGCUGCAGAACAUAUCCCAACUGUUCAUAAAGCAUCUUCCAGCACGUCUCUAUCACCAAGAAUGGUGUUAACGUUACUUUCAUUAAUAGUAGCUAUAAGGUUCUUAAAAUAAGAAAAGUUACAAUAGGUUGUUUAAUCUUUUGUAAUUGUCAUUGACCCAGUUGAAUGUGUGAGAAACCUCUUUGUUAUCCAUUAUGGGAGAUGUAAGAUUGAUAGCUUAAAAGCUUUUCUGUUUAUUGUUUGUAAGUAUUGUGGGUUAAAACGUAGAUUUGAGUGAUAUUUUAUGGAAAAAAGGCGGUAUAUACGUAACAUUAAAUAAAAUGGCAGACUACAAUUUAUUUUUAGGGCAAGUAAUUACAUGAAAAAUAAAUAAAAAUCAAACAGUCAUAUUAACGUGUAUUAGAACCCAAUUAAAUGAAAUUAAAAAUUUAUACAGUGACAAGUCAUCGGUGCAUCAACUUCUAAGAAUUUUAAGGAUUGGGCUUAUAUUUUUCAUUCCUACUGAGCAUUUCAUUUAUCGUUGAUAAAUAUCUAUGUGGCUCCUACCUUUCUAAUAUGACACAUAAAAUUCUGAAAGAAAAAUUAUUUAAGUGAAGUAUAUGGUGAAGUGAAGAAUAGUUUCCGAAAAAGUCGAAGUGAUACUGAACUUUGCCUAAGUUGUCAUGAAUAAUAUGAAAUGCUUUAUUGGCAAGUUACUUAAAUUAUGUGAACCUUUCACCAAUGUGGUGUAUCUAUGAUACAGGUCAUUUUUAAUAAAUUCUUAAAGUUAUUGUUAUUAAAUCGAAAUAUAAAAACCCUUUUUGAAAAAAUAAAAAAGGUAAAAAAAAUAAGCAAAUAGGGCAUAGGUCAUUAUAACAUACCAUCACCAAAUAUGAGUUAAUCAAAAAAUAAUUAAGAAAGCCUUAUGCGAAUGGCUUUUAUAGAAUCAACCACUCGAAUAAAAGUUAUUUUCCUAAAUUAUUCUUUUUGUUUUAUUUUUUUUAUACUAUAAUUUUAUCUAAAUAGUCAAAUUUUUAUUUUUUCACUUUUCUUAUAUAAUUAAUAUGGUGUUUUAAUGACAUUACAUUAGUAAUCCAUAGCGGUAAAGAUGCGGCUUUAAAUAAGUUAUUGAGUCAUGUAAGUAAAG